UCAAAUUCAGGAGGUUCGCCUUUCUAAACGCAACGCCUCGAGCGCCGCGGGGCCUGGCACUUACUGCUUUUUGUCCGCCAUGGUCUCAUACAAAAGCGGUGACCAUCGCAAUGUAUGUUCCCUUCCUGUUCAUUUCCAUCAAGUUGGUGGUCAAGUACGGGCUAUCGCGAGGUGAUGGAUGGGUCUUGUUGUUGGUAUUCAGCAUCAUCCGAGUAUUGGGCGGUUGUUUGCUUGUCGCAGCUGAGGAAAUCACGCCAGCAAAUACUUCACUAUACAUCGGCGGUUACGCCCUGGAGGCAUCUGGCCUAUCCCCACUGUUAAUUUGCACGCUAGGUCUCUUGCACUCAGUGUUCCAAACUCCCGAUGGCUUCUCGAGAUAUAACAGACCAUUCCGCCUUCUUCAACUCCUCGGUAUGGUCGCUCUCAUCCUUGUCAUAAUCGGGAUCUCCGACGAGUCAAGCUCCAGUUCCAGCUCAAGCUCGAGUGGGAACACCAUGCGCAGGGCCGGCGUCAUCCUUUUUUGCAUCCUAUAUAUUAUCCUCGUCGGCAUUUGCAUCUUUUUAUGGACCCAAAUUGGCUCUGCCUUGAGAUAUCGCAAGCAGCUUUUGAAGGCUAUUUCCAUCGCACUUCCAUUCCUGGCCAUUCGGACAAUCUACAGCGUCCUGUCCACGUUCUCUUCGAGCUCGUUUGCGAUAACCACUACUGGGACCACCGAAGCCAACACCGGCGACCUGGCAAAAUUCAACAUGUUCACUGGCGAAUGGCAAAUAUACCUCGUAAUGGACAUGCUCAUGGAGUAUGCCAUUGUGAUCAUCUAUGCUGUUGCAGGCCUCGUGCUGCCCCUCAACAAAGAUUACAGCUCUACGGAUUCGUCUCAAGACGAGUAUCCCUCGAGAAGGCCUCAGUUGUCAGCGUCAUGGAGCCGGUGAACGAGAGUCGUUUCCAGUUACCAAACGCUCACAUAGCGCUCGUAAAUAUCAAUACAAUUAACCAUCAUGUAUGAGCAUAACCGCUGCUCCCGAUUGAAUCAACACUAAUACAGCACGCGCUUUUACCAGCCAUAUAUACUGGUACUUAUGUAGAUGAAAGGGCGAUACUUACACAUGUCAUGCAGUUCGAAACCUUUCC